AUCAGUUUCAGGUGGACUGUUCAUUCCACAGGGGAGGGGGUGACCCCUGAGGGCAGAACAGCCCUCCAGACCUCCAUUCACCGCCCGGCUGCAGGAGUUCUCCCACCUUAAUUGCAUUUGUAGUACUAAAGCAGGAAACGGGCGCUGCAGCCAAUGGCGGCCCGCGCGCGCUCAUGAUUAUUCAUGAGCGGCUCCAGCCCACUGGCGGAGGCUGACAGGAGGGGCGGCGCCCACCGGAGCUGCCGUGCGGGGCGGCGCGGGGACGCGGAGUGCGCUCGGCGUAGGACGAGAUGUUGUUUUGUUGUGGCGAUCAGCUGAAUGUGGCAUCGCCGUCGGCUCUGACACCGCAGCGGGAAGCACCAGCAGCCUCCGCGGCUCCGCCUGCACGCCAGCGCGGCCGCGCGCCCGCCGUCCGCGGCGCAUCGCAGUCCAGGAAAUGCGGACUUCUUCUGGCCGUUUCGCUACGGGAUAAAUGGCUGCAGCGCGCAUACCAUAGCAGGCUGCAACACACCCACUCAAACAGUCAUAUCCGCUCUCAGUCUCUGGCUCUCCCUGCUCGUCUCACAGUGCCUGUGAAGCGUCUCUGAGGGGGAAGACCAGACUGCUCUGUCAGAUCCUUACAAAAGUGGAAACCCUGACAAUCUCAACAGGCAACAAAGGAGAUGCAGAGAAAACCUUGGGAGGACCGUUCAAAUGGCUGAAACAAGAGGAGAACUGAUCAACUUCGCUCAGCAAGAGCAUCCAUGUUUACCUGCGUUCAUGCAGUUCCAGGGCAUGCUUUAAUGAUGCCCCAUCUGCUCUUGAAUAACUCUUCACCUGAUAUAGAAAAUAUCCCAUACUUUAUUUUGCAAUUUAGUCUGUUGAUAGUUACCUGUCUUUGCUGCCAAUGACUAACCUGUUGAACCAAUGAGGCUCAUAGAGCACUUCAUCUUCAGUCUGUGAGGCCUCCUCUCCACUCUAUGGAGGCUGAGCCCAGCCGUCGGGCUGAUAGGGAGUGCUCUGAAAGGCAGGGGCAACGGCACGAGACGGUUGAAUCUCCUCUAGAGUCUUGUCCACCUCAGCAGCCCAGGCAGCCUCCUGGCCACCGUCCUGUACCCAGAGGUUUGGGCCGCUCACAAAACCGCCAGUCCAGACGUUCCGACCUCCUUCGGUUACAGCAACGGCAAGCUGCAGAAUGGCAGCAUUCAGACUCUCUUGGUCCCUUAGGAGGCAGCUUCUUAUCUACAGCAUCCCCAGCUGCUUCAUCCCUCCCCUCUACAUCCUCUACCCAGGGUGAGCACCCUCAUGGAGUGCCAUCUCACUCCAGCCAAGAAGGCCUCGAAAGUGUCAGCUCACCCAGAAAGGGGGAAAAGAAACCACAAAAACCCGGGAAAUAUGUAUGCACUUAUUGCGGCCGUCCAUGUGCCAAACCAAGUGUUCUUCAAAAACAUAUCCGCUCCCAUACAGGAGAAAGACCCUACCCUUGUGUCCCUUGUGGCUUUUCAUUUAAAACCAAAAGCAACUUGUACAAACACCGUAAAUCACAUGCCCACCGCAUUAAAGCCGACCUGGCUUCCAGUCGGGAUGAGCCAAGUUUAAGUGGUCCAGAGGGUAGCGGUGUUGGGGAAGACCCUGAGGAACACACAGAUGGAGACAGCACAGAGUCUGAAGAAGAGACAGGUCAGCAUAGAAAACUCACCUCAAAGGAGAUGCUCAGGCAGCAGAGAAGAAGUGAUAAGGAGCACCAUGGAGGUUUGGAAGAGAGCCAAAGGCCUGAAGACUCACAGGCUGUCAAGCAAAGACUAGCACUGAGGCUAAGUGAAAGGAAACGUGGCCCAAUGGUUUCUCCGGAUGAUGCUACUUCCUCCCUCUCCACCUCCUCUUCUUCUCUAGGUCCUGGUAGUAAGGGCAGCACAGAGUCUGGAUAUUACUCUGGAUCAGGUAGUACAGAACUUUCCCAGGUUAGCCCGCCUAGUUCCAGUGCCAAAACAUACGCAGAAAUCAUUUUAGGGAAGUAUGGAAGAAUGGGAGGGCAGCAACGCAGUCCCCACCAACAGCAGCCUCAUUGUUCACAUUCUUCAUCCUCAGGAGCUGAGGAGAAGAGCAUUUCUUUUGCUGUGCCCAAAACUCAAGUGAUAGAACACAUAACCAAGCUCAUCACCAUUAAUGAAGCAGUGGUGGACACCAGUGAAAUCGACAGUGUUAAGCCGCGUCGCUCAUCCCUGUCCAGGAAGAGCAGCAUGGAGUCACCAAAAUUUAUUGUCCCAAGAGAUCCCUAUGCAUUUGAUCCCAAAGGGGAAGCAGCAGGCCCAAGUGGUUUGAGGCACCCCCAAAACCCAGAGGUUGAUCCAUUGGACACACCUGACUCCUCAGCAGUGCCUUUUUUUAGAAGCCACUCAAUGCCAUCAUCUACCAGCCAAGCUGAGCCCUUCACUUCUGGGACUGUAUCUCCUAGAGGUCACCGCCUUUGCCAAUCAUUUGAUGAGCAGCAAGCAGUGGUUGCAGAGAUGAGGGGUGCUCAGCGCAUGCUCAAACGUCAGCCCGCAAUCGAGGUUCCCAUCGGAGCCGAGUUGAUGUUGGAAGAAGCCAGUUCAACUUCUACGUCCUCCACCUCAAGAGGCACAGAGUCAGUUAAUCAGCCACAGCAACAACAUCAAGAAAAAAAGAGUCCCAGUGGAUUUGAAUGUGAAGCGUGUGGGGCCUACUUUCAAAGCAGUGACGCCUUUGAGGGUCACAGAAGCAUCUGUCCAGGACAGGAACAAGAGGGGGGAGAUGCAAGUAAAACAUGCAAGGAGGAACGGCCCCUGAUGAUGCACUAUAAGUUUCGAGCACUAGCAACAGCUGUGAGGAAAAGAAGAAAAGAGGAGAGUUUGGAGGAGGAUCCUCCCAGUCCUGGGCCUGUACCAAUGUCAGGCAGCACCACAAGCAUUGUCUCGGUGCCAAGCAGAUCUGAGCACAGUCAGGCACAUUCAGGUGUUACUUUACAGUCUGAGCCAAAUAAACAGCAGCAGCAAGAGAGGAAGGGCGUGUCUGUCAUCCAACAUACAAGCUCUUUUGAAAAGCAAGAGAGUAUUUCAAUGGAAAGCCAAGAACCAGACCUCAGAGAGAACAAGCAAACACAACGACCUGAGCCAAAACCAACACCAUCCACAUCGCGCCUCAUCCGCCAGCCAAACAUACAGGUUCCAGAGAUCCUUGUUACAGGGGAGCUUGAUCCCGACAUACCAUCCGUGUCUUCUGCAGUCACAGCAUCAUCAUCCAAGGAGUUAGAAAAAGCUGAGGAGUUUCACUGGCCUCAGCGAAGCCAGACUCUGGCACAGCUCCCUGCAGAGAAGCUGCCACCAAAGAAGAAAAGACUGCGCCUGGCAGAAGCAUCCCAGUCCUCUGGAGGGUCUAGCUUUGAAUCUCUGUCAAUGUCUCGCAGCCCCAGUCAGGAGGGCAUCGUCUCAAGCCAUUCUGCAUCAUUUGAGGACUCAGUGCGGUCUGAAUCCUCCGUUUGGGCUUCUACCAACCAAAAUUCUCAGAUGUUAAUGGUACCGUCUGCUUCUCACCAACAGAGCCACAAAGAAAUGAGACGUUCAGCCUCAGAGCAGGCACCAGCUAGCCCUCAACAAACAAAAGAGAUCUCAGAAAACAGAAGCAAGUCAUUUGACUAUGGAUCCUUGACCCCUCAACAGUCUACAUCCUCCUGGAAAGAAAGACGAAAAUGUCUACUUAAGAAACCUUCUCCAGAUGAACCUGAUCCAAUAGGGACCAACAUUGUACAAUUGUCCAGGGCAGAAAGUCCUAAAUCUGGUCCUUCCCACUCUCCCCACCCUUCUGUGUAUUCUACUGAGGUAAGCUCCCAGCUAUGCCUUGAAGGAACAGGAAAGGCUUUACAGCUGCUACCACGUCAACUCUUCCCGGCCUCUCAGGAUUUGCCAGUUUUGCGGCAUGGAGGCCACCAUGCGUUACCCCCAGGAUCCAUGUCACAACUUCUCCCCGUCACUACAGCCUUCUCUGAAAAUCUGUCCACCCAGGUCCUCCACCGAGCCUUCUUACAUACGCAAACAGGCGUUCCACCCAUUCGGAUACAUCCACCCCAGAUCCACGUCUCAGAUAAUAUGAGAAUACCAUUGCAUCAGCUUCCUCCUUUAGUUCCCAUGCCCUUCUCCUCCAGGAAUAGAGCUCUGUACUUUUCUGUCAGUCCGAGGCUUGGCGCAAAUGUUCCUUCACUAUCCUCAUCAGAGAGUAGACCUUCAAUAUCAUCUAUAUCUGCUACCCAAGCACAACAGUCUGUUGUGACCUUCUCCUACCACCAUCCACGACCAGUCAUUGCCACAUGCUUGGCACAGCUCACACCAGUAGUUUCUCUUGUGGUGCCAGUGCGCCUCCAGGCUCAUAGACCUACCUUUGCUAGUGCCAUGUAUACUACUUUAUCCCAAAUUCUGGCUUCCACUCAAUCACAGGAAACAGUAUCUUGCACAGCUAUGGUCAUUAUGGGCCAGGUGAAUCAGGACAAGCUGCAAAGAGCCUAUCUAAAGAUCCCCUCUCAAGAUGUCAAGAACCUCCUUUCCUUGUCUUUGCCAACAGAAAUGGCCUCAAGCUCUGGUGAGGGAUAUGGUCCACUGGGGGCUGGAGGGAGCAAACGCAUGCUUUCUCCUGCCGCUAGUCUAGAGCUCAGCACAGAAGCUCAGCGUCACCAGAAAAGGGUGAAAGAGGAAGAAGAGGAGCAAUAUCAGGGUGCUGAGAAAAGUGACCGUGUGGAGCUUGAGGGAAGACAAGAAGAGAAAGUUAAAGCUUCUGGGGAAAAACUGGAAGAAGAAGAGAGAAAACCAACUGAUAGAGUUGAAGACACAUUGGCGAAAACAGAAGACAUGCAAGACCAAGUACCAAGGACAUAUACAAUGGAUGAAAAGAAGGGAGAGAAUAAAAUGGCUGAGAAAGCAAGUCCAAAAAAGGAACAGGUACCAACUGUGGAAGCAGGGUUUGAAAGACCGAGCACUCCUUCAUAUCCCAGCCUCCACACCUCCACCUCAGUGAACUGGUGCUAUUUAAAGUACGUCAAACCCAACCCUUGCACCCAGAGGGACCCUAGUACCUCAGUUUAUUCUACAUGGAGCAUCAGUGCUCACAAUCCAAACUUACCAGGCCUCAGCACGAAGGUGGCUCUGUCUCUGCUGUGCUCCAAACAGAAGCACUGCUCUGAGACAUACACCAUGGCAACUGCCCCAACACCAGCCAAAGUACAAAUGUCUCCUUCAAGCCAAAAGACAUCGCUCUCUGUGACAGAGGUACAUGCCACCCCACCCAGCACCCAUGCCGAGGUAAAGACACAACAAAAGCACGAAAAAGAGGAAAGUAAGGAUUCAAAAGAGGAAAAGGCAGCCUCCACUUCCAAACAGAGCGGGUCCUCUUCCAGAGUUCAUAUCUUUGAAGGAGGAUACAAGUCCAACGAGGAGUACAUCUACGUGAGAGGCCGCGGCAGAGGGAAGUACAUAUGCGGAGAGUGUGGCAUUCGCUGCAAGAAGCCGAGCAUGCUUAAAAAGCACAUCAGAACGCACACUGAUGUGCGCCCGUACAUUUGCCAACACUGCAAUUUUGCCUUCAAAACCAAAGGAAACCUUACCAAACACAUGAAGUCGAAGGCUCAUGGGAAGAAAUGCCAGGCUAUGGGAGUCUCUGAGUCAUCACUGGACGAGCCAGAGAGCGAGGAAACAGAAGCAGGAAGUGAGGGUCGUGUCUGUGGCUCGGAGGACCAUCAGUUUUCAGAUGUGGAGGAUUCCGAUAAUGAUGAGGAGGAGGAGGAAGAGGAGGAAGAAGAAGAGGAGUCCGUCUCCCAUGAAGAUCUGUUAUCCUCCUGUUCGUCGGAUACCCACCCGUCGUCGGGGGGGCUCUCCAGCUCCAGUCGGCACUCGCAGCGGGGCACUCCUGACCCCGAGCCUAGUCCCAGCCUCGAUCUGGAGCCUCCUCCUCGAGGAGUGUGGCCCAGCAGGAGAGCGGCGUCCCCGGGCAGCAGGAGAGUACUAUUCUCCCGGCGAGGCUGGAAGGCGUCCACCAGAGCCUUCUCCCCCAGCAGUGAGAGCUGCUCCCCCAGCCGCAGCCUGUCCCCCCGCCUGGAUUUGCCCUCGCCGAUCCGCAGCCUCUCCCCCAGGGCCGAGCUCUCCACGCCCACCCGACACAUCUCACCCUCCCCUGAGAGGGGGCCAUCUCCCGUCAGGCCUCUGUCUCCUCUUCGUCCCAUUUCGCCAAGUUGCUACCAAGCAUCUCGAGUUCGGACCCCUCCCUCGUUGAGAUUACAGCACAGAGCCACUGGACUCCUGCCUUGGGAGAGUCCCAGCACAAAAGGAGGCCAUGCCAAUACGGAGAAAGGCGGUACAGCAGCAGAAGAAACCAGCUUGUCUUCGUCUGCUUUUCGGUUUUCAACGUGCGAGGUUUAUCCCGGCCUCCAAACUGCAGACACCACCUUCAGCCACCUCCCCAUGCACUCCCAACAAGCCAAAGUCAACUACCUGAUGAUACCAAUCGGUGGGAUCCAAAUGGUACAAGCAAGGCCAAGGAGCCACCCCACCACACCGUCAUCACCAACAUCUCCCCCGCUGGAGGGGCCGUCGAUGGCCCGCUUUGAACCAUACUGGGGCGGGACCCCCAGGACUCAAGGGCUUAGCACUCCUGGAGACCACUGGUCAGGGCACCAGAUGCUGGGAACCGGCCAGCCAGUGCAGCACGGUUUCACUGCAGCAGAAGCAUCUUCUAGACCAGAUUUGGAGGAGACAGAUUUGAAGCAAUAUGGCAGCUUACAGAGCUCCGUCCAGACCCACAGCUCUGCCACGGAGACCAGCCAAGGCCGCACCACAGACAGUCCAUCCAGAGCGCCUCGACUCAGCUUAGCAGCCCCUGUAGCCUCGCGUGCCGUUAGACAGCAGCCUGAGAAGAAGGAGCGACCUUCCAGUGGAGACGGGACGGAGGGAGGAUCUAAAGGACACUCGAGUAGAGAAGACCAGAGCACUUAACAGUGUGACACCUUGAUGCAUCUCGCAUCCCACUUAGCUUAUUGGUUGCUACACUAGUCUUGUUUUUUUUGUUUUUUAUUGCUUUGUUUUUAUACAGUUUUCAAUACUAUUGUUAACUUAAAUGUUGGCUCUUUGGCAAUAUUCAGGUUUGUUAUAUAAUGCACUCUUUUUUGUGUGAAAAAAAGUUUCUGUAAAUCUCAUAUAUAAAUAUAAAUAUAUAUAUAUAUAUAUUUGUGUGUGUAUAUGUAUACACACACUCACGUACCUUCUGUAUCUUUACUGGUACUGGUAAUCUUAAUGUCUGAACAUUUGUCAAAGGACUAAAACAAUAUAAAUAAAUUUGUAAAUGACCAAAACCUAAAAAAAAUUCCAUUUCUGUUCAUCCAGUUUUAAAUACAAUUGUAUUGUUUUUUACUGUUUAUGUUUUUAAGGUGUAAUGCACAGAAAGACAAAGAAAAGUUGUUGAUUUCUUACACAUUUUUUAUGCCUAAAUGAGGGUUAAUAUUUGGUGUUCUGAUUGCUUCCACUCUGAAGACCAAUGUUUUUUUUUUUGUUUUUUUUUAUUUUAUUUUUUCAGGGUUCGCUGAGCGUUGCAUUAUGGGUAUACAGAAAGAGUAACCAUGAAAGUCAAAGGAAAUGCACUGAAGUUCUAUUUUUAUUACAAAGAAUCUAGCAUAGAGUAUUUGUCUGUACAGGGAAUGUGCUCCUUAUUUAUUGUUAUUUGAUGACAAUGAAAUUUCUUUGAGAUUUUUCUUUUUGACUUCUUGUUUUGGGAAGAAAAAAACUUUUCUGUUACAUCUAUGUGUCUUUUUUAUGAUGUCCUUGUAACUUGAAUUGGUUUAAAAAAGAGAAAAAAAAAGCAAAAAUGGAGGAAUUGAGUUUGGCUGGUACCAGAGGAUCAAGUGCCCUGCAGAUUUCACACAGCGAAAUUUCUAGUCAUUGAAAGAAAUAAAAAAUAAAAGCAUCAGACAUCUUUGAGCUUGUACCUUUCUUCUGCUUUUUUGUUGCUGUAAUUUUAUUAAGAAGAUGUGAAAGAGUUUAAACGGAUUUAACUUCUUUGUACACCGUAGAGAAUCUUUUUUACAGCUUGGUUUUUAUCUGUCUUCAUAGGUAUUUCGAUGAAUUCAAAGCACAAAAAUCUUGUUUGAACUCAAAUGUAUGAUAAACUACAAAAAAUAAACCUUAGUAACUUAA